GCGUGCACAUCGCGAGUUAACCUCCCUCGUCAUUCUCGCCAUGGACAACGAUCCGGGCAUAAUGUGUUUUCGUCAUUGCCCGGCGAAGAGCGUAUUUUGCAGGAACGUGCCCGCGACGUGUCCGGUUUGCUCAUCGCAUAUCCACGAUUUCUUCAUAAUCCCGUUUCGCGUUCCGUAUCCACUCACGAACGCUGGUCACAAUCCGACCAGUGUCGUUAUUCGACCGGCUCGCGGUAGCUUUCUCGAGGAUUAUAAUGCAGCGCAAGACUUGCAUAUUGGAAUAGUCGAUUCCACGAGUAACAUUGUCGAAUUCGAUAGGAACGGUUUGAUAGUGAAUAACGUGAUGAAAUGGACCGAUUGCGUUGCGUUUAAAGUUGUGCCGGUUGCCUGGACUGUUCAAUGGGAUAAUACAUUAUCAUCUAUGUUGAGAGAUCCCAAAUGGAAAUCUGCUAACUAUAAUGAAAUCUCUAUGAAUUGCUUUGAUUUUGUUUUGGAAUUUUUUAACAUUCUUAGCUAUGAGGAUUUGAAAUUUACGAGUAAGGAAGAUUUAUGCAGAAGGUUGAUAUUGUCAAAAAUUCAAAACGUAAUUAAAUAUAGUUCAUUGUACAAGGUCUUAAAAAAUCAAGAAUAUGUGAUAUCAAAUAAGUAUGUUUGACAUAUUUUUUGUUUAUUUCUGUGUCCUUAGUAUAUACAUUAUUUGUAAU